AUGAAUGACCCUUUUCCCUUGUAUUUUACACUCCACCUAGAACUGGCAAUUCGUGGCAAAGAUGGGAAAAAGAACCUAGGACAAGUCAAGCAAAAUAAACAAAGUCUUGUCUACUCUUCUCUCCUUACGUGCCACCAUCAAACAAACACUUCAAUCUUCUUCUUUGACAAAGACAAAACUGCUUCCUUCCAAAUACCCACCUCCAAAACUUCUCUGUUUUCUUUCAGACCCAUCACCACCACCGCUCCAACCACCGCAAACCACCUCGGAAACCGCCACCAGAACCUCAAAACGACUGCUUUCAUUGACCCAGUUCACCUCCUGAUGUGCAAAUCAAAAAAGAGCACAGACACAACCCAAUCUCUAACACCCAAAUCCAACCGUUCAAAAAAACCAUUUUCAUCAUCAUCAUCGUCAUCCUCAUCAUCUUUUGCCAAUUUCCCAUCAUCAUCUCUAAAUUUCUUCUCCUCAAGCAACACCAAUCAUAAGAACACGUCAUCAUCCUCCAAUUCUCACUCAAUCAAACCAUCUCUCAGAAAUAUCAAAGCUUCAUUACCAGAAAAUCCAAACAUUUACACCUUCCCCGAAAUUUGCAAAGCUACCAACAAUUUCCUCUCGAAACCGUACUCCUCGUCGUCCUCCUCCACCUCGUGGCGCUGCGAAAUCCGCCGAAAAGAAGUCAUUCUCAUCCAGCGAAAGCUUCGCCGCCGCGACCCGAUCGAGUUGCCUGAGCUACAGCAGAGACUCUCCGUCAUUUGUAGGAUUCAUCACAGUAGCUUGAAUCCGAAUUUUACAGUGUUGUCAAAUUGGGUUUCAAGAAUGCAAAUUGCGACGGAUAUUGCUCACGGGCUUGAUUAUAUUCAUCAUUGUAGCGAUAAAGACUCGAGUUUUGUUCAUAAUCAUGUAAAAUGUUCGAGUGUUAUAGUAGUCGAAGAUUCGUUGAAUGCGAAAAUUUGUCAUUUUGGCGUGGCGGAUUUAUGCGGGGAGAUGGAGAAAUCGGAGGGGCGGAUCGAGGGGACGAGAGGGUAUAUGGCGCCCGAGUUUCAGUUAAGCGGAUUGGUGACGCAAAAAUGUGAUGUGUAUGCUUUUGGCGUGGUGGUUUUGGAGUUGAUUUCAGGGGAGGAGGCUUUGAGAUAUGUGUUUGAUGAAGAGAGUAAAGGGUUUAAGAGAGUUAGCGUGAUCGAGGGCGCGAAAAAGGCGGUGGGGGAUCGCGAGGGUUGUGGGAGUCGGGUGAGGAGUUGGGUGGAUAGGAGGUUGAAAGAUUCGUAUCCGGUUGAGGUGGCGGAGAAGAUGGUGGCGAUCGGGUUGGAAUGUGUGGAGGAAGAACCGGAGAAGCGGCCGGAUAUGGAGCAGGUUGCUGUUAGAGUGUCCAAAUUGUAUUUAGAGUCUAAGAAUUGGGCUGAGAAAAUUGGUUUGCCUAUUGAUUUUUCUGUUUCAAUGGCUCCUAGAUGAUGAUCAUAGUUUUGAAUUCUAACAUAUAAUAUCCCUUUGUUGAUGAUUUUUAUUACAUUUUGGAGUUCUAACUUGCAUUUUUA